CAUGCAUUCAGUCUUAAGAGGCACUACCUCGGUGUUCACAUCAACCAUCGCUACCUGACAAGCAGCGACAUUCAAAGCUGCCAGAUUGAAACAUUCCACACCGGUGUCCAGCUGGAAGUUAAUGAAUCAGGUGUUUUUAAUAUAUCUCCUGGAUUUCAAGGUGUGGGAAAUUCACCCCUGCCUCCUUUAAAAGAUACCACAUCAUCACCCGCUGUAACUGAGGUGCAUGAAGUGAAUGAAAAUAGUUCAUUUUGUGACAGUGCUCUCAAAAACAUUACAACUAAAGAAUUAAUACCAACACUGUCAGACUUGUCAAAAAUAGUAGUAAAUAGAGCAGAGAGUUUACAGAACGAUGUAAAUCAAACCAGGGGCAAAAGUAAGCAGUCAAGUUCUGUUUUAGAAUCUGCUUCAUUUGUAGACAAGAGCAUUUCACCUCAGGUAAAAGAAUUUUCAGAACCUUUUGACAUAGUCUCAAGUUCAGAAAUGGACAAACAGAACAGUGUCAGGCAUAAAGGGUCAACUCAGGGGAGUCAAACUUCUGCUUGCCUUGAGGUUUCAUCAAGCUCUGACAUACAAAAGCCCUUAAUCAAUUUUAACAAAGAAAAUUCACCUCUCAUGUCAUGUGCAGAUUUUGACAUUUCUAAUGGAAAUAGUGUAACUGAGUCAGGCGAAAUUAAAUCUGGAGUGGAAGAUUUCACACCGUUAAAUAAUGGUAAAUCCACUCCAACCGUUAUGUCACAGACGUCUAACUCCAUCACACUGGUUCCUGAGCCACAGGAGACUUUUGUAGUCCAACAUUUGAAAAAACUCUGUGAAAAGCAGUUGUGCUCUGUAGAUACUGGUAGUUCUUAUGUAGCUGAAGUCAGAGGUAAGAUCCCAAAGACCGGAGGCUUCCCAAAAUUUGAUGAAGCUGCACAGCAGUCUUUUAUUGAUCCAGUCUCUGGAAAAGUCAUGGGUGACAAUACAGGAGAUGCAGAUGACAAUUUAGUUUCUACAGGCUUGGGAACCAACAUGAAUGUUGUCUCCAAUUCUGUCAAGCUGUCUUUAUAUGAAAUGGAUACAUGCACAAAGGUUUCAAAUACCACCAAAACCAGUGGUGAUGCUACUAAUAAUCAGACCGAAGAGUCUUCCUUGUUAGAUGAAGAACAUUUGAACUCAUCUUCGCAAGAUGAAUAUGAACGGAAUACACUAAAUUGUGAAAGUGAAUGUGUUCAGAAACUAGUCUGUCCUGAGGUUUUGGAUUCUCUUAGCGGUGAAGUGGAUGUAAAAGAAACAUCAAUGUGUACCAGUGAUGUGGAAAAUGAAUUAACUGAUUCAGUCCUUAGGCACUGUGCAGCAGUUGUUCCAGUAUGCAAAAAUGACCUUCCGAAUGCAUCUAAAGAUAAUUCAACUGAUUCCAAUAUUAAUAGCAAGGUAUUUAGUUCAUCAACUGUGAAUGUUGAUGCAGUAUCCCUUGACUCAGGCUGUAAGCCAGCAACUGAGAUGGAUGCUACCUUGUUAUUUGGUACAGACAAAGAUGGCCCUGAAGCAUCAACCAUUCCACAGCCAAAUGAAGACACCGAAGUAAAUAAAACACGGUCAGAUCCACACACCACUGUAAACACCACUGAAGUAAAUAAAGCCCAAAUGACCCCAGCCAUAAAUAGCAAUCAAAACAUUGAGUCAUCUUCUGCUCAGACAUCCAGUUGUUCCCCCUUGUGUAAAGCUCCGCUUAGUUCUGUCCCAGUGCAAGAUCCUGCCUCCAAAGCACUGAUAAACAAAACAGAUUCAUUCAACUCGUGUUUUUCAAAAAUUUCUACUCCAGUCACUCCACAGCAACUUAUCUUUGUUACAAAUAUAGUCUUCCCAAUAGUGGCACCCUCUAAUGCGCAUUCACCUACCUCUGCCCUGUCAUCGUUGUCACAGCAACAGUCACAGCCAACCACCAACACUGCUGGCUCUGCAGGCCAGAGCACUUUAAAUAGUCCAACAGCAGGAGUGCCGCUGGUUCUCAUCU